CUUCGUAUGGAAGUAUGCGAAGGCCAAAAUUAUUUUCUCUCCGUAAGUCCAACGCUUAGAAUAUCAGUCACGUUUACAAGAAGGGAAAGCGGUGCUUGAUUUAACGUUAAGUAUAUUACUCUUGCACCGUAAAUUAACUGGGGAGGAUACUUUCUCUUUGGAAGUGUAUAUUAUCUCCAUCCUAUGUGGGACUGGCUGGACGGUCCUGACUGCGCGUAACCAAUCACCACAGUCGCGCAGCUGUUGCAAGCCAGCUUGUGGAUGUAUUUCGAAGAUGCUCGGCUAUGAAACGGUCAUUCUACUGAUGACUCGACUACUUUAACAAAGUCGGUAUCUGACAUCAGCACCUCUAACCGCGGGAAAGCAGCAACAUAAAUAAUAUUAAAAGUGUUUAAACCAUUUUGCCGUCUUCAAAAUGGGAAGUCCAUCAAACUCAGAGGAAAAAACGACGAAGUCUAACACAGAUAAAUUUAAAACUAAACACUGUAAGGGCAGUUUGCCCACGGUGUUGUUUAUUGUGUUGUGGUUAUGUUCCGUGGUAUUUUGUUUACUGGUUAACUUCAAAACGUCUCACCUGGAAUACAGAGUGCGCAAGCUGGAAACUGAGAAAACGUAUCCGCAGCAUCCCGACUCAACUGUGCUGGAUGAGAACGGGACUGUACCUCAUCUUCAAGUUAUGAUUGAAAAGCUUGUGCAAGAGAGGCUGAAUCUACUGCUUCCCAAACUUCGCCUGGCCAGGGAAGUUGUUCCAGAGUGCACCUGUCCCCCAGGCGCCCCAGGAAAACGAGGAAGGAUGGGCAGAAAAGGCGACCCUGGUUCUCCUGUAAGUAUCUCCAUGAGGGUGUUGUGGUAGGUGGUGCUGAAUAGUUACAGGUGCUGAGUCUAUGGUAUUGUGGACUGGGAGGAGGUAGGUUAACAUU